AUGAGAGCCCACGUCAACCUCGCGGCUCUUUGCUGCAUCCUAUCCUGCAUCUUCGCUAUCUCCUUGGCCCAAGAUACUUCAUGUUGCGACGCAAACGGGGUGUGCCUCCCACAAGCCGUCCUCGAGCAACAGGACACCGCCACUCUCAGUACCCUCGCUGGUCGCCUCCUCGGUUCCCUCGGUCGCCUCAUAAAUCCCGGUCGCUUCCCCUGUGCCCUUCUUGAUCGUCUCGUCGAGUGCCAGGUUGUAAUCAAUGACCUGUCGACCAGCAUCAAAGCUCCUUCGCUGGAAAAUGGCAAAAACGACCUCGUACUGAACGUAUCACUGUCCUUCACCAAUUGCAGAGCCAGUUUCACUGCUCUCAACGCGGCUACGGCGACGGGCGAAGUCGACAUCCAGUUGAGGAUGAAGGGCUUAAUCGACGGCGGACUCGCUAAGAAACGGCAUAGCUGA